AUGCCUGGUUCGCUAAACGACAUCAAUGUCCUCCACCGAUCACAUCUCCUCGACGACUUAGCCGCCGGACAGGCACCGAAGGUUAAUUACACAAUCAAUGGUCAGGACUACACAAUGGGUUACUACCUUGCCGACGGAAUUUACCCGGAAUGGGCCACGUUUGUGAAGCCCAUUCCGGCUCCUGUCGGCCGCAAGCGGCAACACUUUGUCGUGCAACAAGCGGCGGCCCGCAAGGACGUGGAGCGCGCCUUUGGAGUACUCCAGUCGCGGUUUCCUAUUGUUCGCGGGGCAACACGGUUGUGGGACGAGGAAACCUUGUCCGCCAUCAUGACCGCAUGCAUAAUCAUGCACAACAUGAUUAUUGAAGACGAGCGCGAAGACGACGAUGUGGACUAUGUGUACGAGGGAGCAGGUGAAGACGUGGAGGCUUCGCACGACGUGACGCCACCAUUGAUGGUCUUGAGCCAACGGUACAAUGCAAUUCGAUGCAAGCAGGCACAUGUUAAUCUCCGGGAAGACCUUGUCGAACACCUUUGGCAGUUACACGGAGGCGACGUGUAG